AUGGCUAUCCGUUCUUCGUCUAGUAGUAGGAUAGAUCAAUCUCCUAGGGAGAUGUUUCAAAGGUCUAAUUCGAAUACUUCAUCAUCACCUAAUAUUGUUGGAUCGUUGCUAAAAUCAUGGAAGAAAUCUACGGAUUCAUUUACUGAUUCAAAGAAGCAUUCUUCUAGGAAUUCACCGUCAGCACGUCACAUGUCUCCAUUGAGAGCUCCGUCUCAUAACGGGUCUCAGACCCAUUUGCAUCACCAUAAUCAUCAUUUACACCAUACUACAAGGGAUAAAUAUUUCAAGGACCUAGAUGAGGAUUGGAGUGCAGUGAUAGAUGAUUAUAAUAUGCCGAUACCGAUGAUUAAUAACGGUGGUAUAGAAACCACUCUGCGGCCUCCAGCUGUGAUACAGGACGAUCGAGCCAUUGAAUCACAGAAAUCCUCAAUGGAUUCUUAUCAAGGAACUAUCCCAAAUUUGAAUAGGACCAUCAGUAAUGAUUUGAAAUUACAGUAUCAGAUUGAAGUGGAGAAGGAUGUGCAAGAGUUGAAUAGUUUGAUGGUUAGAAUUGAAAAGUUCAAAAAAUUGAUCAAACCAAAGGAUUCCACCACGCAGGUGAACCUACCCGAGAUCCGUAAGUUGGCUUGGAAUGGUAUCCCCAUGGUACAUAGACCUGUUGUAUGGAAGCUUUUGAUUGGAUACUUACCGAGUAAUUUGAAGAGACAAGAACAGGUAUUGAACCGUAAAAGACUGGAAUAUAAGCAGGGUGUAGAUCAUAUCUUUUCCGAUAACCAUGAGAAAGAUGUAACAACUUGGCAUCAAAUUGAAAUUGACAUACCGAGAACCAACCCACAUAUUCCAUUGUACCAAUUCGAAUCAGUUCAUAAUUCAUUGAAACGGAUAUUGUAUUUUUGGGCCAUAAGACAUCCUGCCAGUGGUUACGUACAGGGGAUCAACGAUCUAGUGACACCUUUUUUCCAAGUGUUUUUGUCCGAAUACCUUUCACCAUCGGCAAAGGAUGACGUUUACAGUUUAGAUCCGCUGACGUAUUUGACUGCAGAGCAGUUGUCUGAUGUAGAAGCGGAUUGUUUCUGGUGUCUAUCCAAACUCUUGGAACAAAUCACAGAUUAUUUCAUCCAUGGUCAGCCUGGAAUAUUGAAACAAGUCAAACACCUCAGUCAGUUGGUGAAAAGAAUAGAUUGUGAUUUAUUCAGCCAUUUCGAAUCUGAGCACGUUGAAUUCUUACAAUUUAGUGUCAGAUGGAUGAACUGUUUGUUGAUGAGAGAGUUCCAAAUGUCAAUGGUGAUACGAAUGUGGGAUACAUACCUCUCCGAGACUUCUUUGGAGACAAGCAUAGUCUCAGAGGAUCUCAUGUCUGACGCAUCGACUUCUCUGGAUAGAAAGUCGAGAACAUCGUCAUCAGGGCCCUCAUCUUCAGACUCCAGACAAACUACUCUCAGUGAAUUUCAUGUUUUCGUUUGUGCAGCUUUCCUAGUGAAAUGGUCAGACGAAUUAAUGAAGAUGGACUUCCAAGAGAUAAUUACAUUCUUACAAAAUCCACCGACAAAAUCGUGGAAGGAAUCUGAUAUAGAAAUGUUACUAAGUGAAGCUUACAUAUGGCAGUCGUUGUACAAAGAUGCUACUUCUCAUUGGAGGUGA